AAUCCAGUUAAGACGUGAGGGUAAAAGGCUGAAAAUUAAAAUCAAGGCUGACUUUCACGUUUAAGUCAGAGUCCAAGAGAGGAGACAUCCUCACAGACCAACUAGGAGACUAGGGGCAGUGUGAGCCGCGGGCCCGCACUGUCGCCCACACUCAAGAUGGCACCGGCCUGAGAAACACCUGCGCGGCCGUUCUAUCUCGGUUCCGGGUUCUCUCGCCCUCGUGGUGGCGUUGGAGGGCUGAAGGCCGGCAUUCUUUCCGGCUUCCGGACCCGUCUCUAUGGUGCCGGAGAGACCAGACUCCGAAGAUUGUGGCUGUAGUGGCCAGAGCGUCACGGGGGAGGCGAGGGUGGUUGGUGUCAACACGGGGCGAAGAGGGGACCGGAGCUAAGACCCUUUUCCGCCUCCCCCACCGCCCACCCGCAGGUCUGCGUGGCUUUGAGAAGGAGCUGCAGCACCCCUGGCUCACCGAACAAGGGAUGGGCUCAGAGAACAGUGCUUUGAAGAGCUACGCCCUGAAGGAGCCGCAGUUCACCUUACCCUCCGGACUUGCUGUCUACCCCGCUGUCCUGCAAGAUGGCAAACUCGCGUCGGUUUUUGUCUAUAAGAGAGAAAACGAAGAUAAGGUUAAUAAAGCUGCCAAGCACCUGAAGACCCUUCGUCACCCGUGCUUGCUAAGGUUUUUGUCUUGCACUGUGGAAGCAGACGGCAUUCAUCUCGUCACUGAGCGAGUGCAGCCUCUGGAAGUGGUUUUGGAAACACUGUCUCCUGCGGAGGUCUGUGCUGGGAUCUAUGACAUAUUGCUGGCUCUUAUCUUCCUUCAUGACCGAGGACACCUCACACACAACAAUGUCUGCAUAUCGUCUGUGUUUGUGAGCGAAGAUGGGCACUGGAAGCUGGGAGGAAUGGAAACAGUCUGCAGGGUUCCUCAGGCCACCCCAGAGUUUCUGAGGAGUAUUCGGUCAGUAAGAGACCCAGCAUCUAUUCCUCCUGAAGAGAUGUCUCCAGAAUUCACGACUCUACCAGCGUCCCAUGGACACGCCCGGGAUGCCUAUUCUUUUGGGACACUGGUGGAAAGUUUGCUCACAGUCUUAAGUGAACAGGUUUCAGCGGAUAUUCUCUCCAGCUUCCAGCAGACCUUGCACUCAGCCCUGCUGAGUCCCAGCCCGCAGUGCCGGCCGGCGCUCUGCACCCUCCUCUGCCAUGACUUCUUCAGGAAUGAUUUUCUAGAAGUUGUGAAUUUUUUGAAAAGUUUAACAUUGAAGAGUGAAGAGGAAAAAACUGAAUUUUUCAAAUUCCUGCUGGACAGAGUCAGCUGCCUGUCAGAGGAAUUAAUAGCCUCACGGUUGGUGCCUCUUCUGCUUAACCAGCUGGUGUUUGCAGAGCCAGUAGCUGUUAAGAGUUUUCUUCCUUAUCUCCUCGGCCCUAAAAAAGACGACACGCAGGGAGAAACGCCCCGCCUGCUCUCGCCAGCCCUGUUCCGGGCGCGGGUGAUCCCGGUGCUGCUGCGGCUGUUCGAGGUGCACGAGGAGCACGUGCGGGUGGUGCUGCUGUCCCACCUGGAGGCCUACGCCGGGCACUUCACGCAGGAGCAGCUGAAGACGGUCGUCCUGCCCCAGGUUUUACUGGGCCUGCGUGAUACCAGCGACUCCAUCGUGGCCAUUACUCUUCACAGCCUGGCAGUGUUGGUCUCGCUACUUGGACCAGAGGUGGUUGUGGGAGGAGAGAGAACCAAGAUCUUCAAACGCACCGCCCCAAGCUUUACUAAAACUGUGGACCUUUCCCCAGAAGAUUCUCCUGUGCAUGUCACCUGCAGCCAGCGCAGUCAGAGCUUGCCAAUCUUGAAGAACCCCUCCCCUGGCAUGUUCCCUAAAUGUUUUUCUGACAACGUGCCCAUCAACAGCAAGAAGCACAUACCGCAAGAUUACUACAGUACUCUUCUACAGACAGGUGAUCAAUUUUCUCAGCCUAUCAAAUUUCCCAUCAAUGGCAUCUCCAAUGUGAAAAUUACCUCAGGAGACAGUGGAAAGUUCCCAUCAAGCUCUAAAAAGUCUGAGGAGUGGCCUGACUGGAGCGAGCCUGAGGAGCCUGAGAACAAAACUGUCAACACAGAGGUUUGUCCGCCAGAUCCCCACGCAGCUGCCCAGUCCCCGCUCACUAACCUGAAUGCAGAGGAGGAGCCUUGGGAUGACUUUGAGCCCGGCAGCUUAGAUACCGAAGUAAAUCUGGAAGGUGGAAUGAUGGCCACAAGACCUGUUACCUCAGGGGAGCAAAAGGCCACUCCUGCUUUGCCUUCGAAAUCAAGCCUACCCCAAAAGACCAGUCUUGCACAAAGCAGGGAUGACCCAGACCAAACCAAGCCACCGAAAGUGUUGUCACAAGAAAGGCGCCUUAAAGUUCCAUCAGAACUGGGUUUAGGAGAGGAGUUUACCAUUCAGGUAAAAAAGAAGCCAGUAAAAGACCCAGAGUUGGACUGGUUUGCUGAUAUGAUCCCAGAAAUUAAGCCUUCAGCUGCUAUUCUUAUUUUGCCUGAACUGAGGACAGAAACAGUGGUUCCCAACAAGGAUGUCUCACCAGUGAUGCACUUUUCCUCAAAAUUUGCUGCAGCAGAAAUUACUGAGGGAGAGUCUGCAGGCUGGGGGGAAGAUGGUGAGCUGAACUGGGACGAUAACAGCUGGUGACAGUGGCUGCAAGUCACUUUUCAGGAAAAAGGAUUUCUUUAGAAGAAACAAAAAAAUCAAACUAAUACCUCAGAAGCAGGCACUGCAGAUGAGAAAGCCCCAAAGCAUCCUGUUUUUCUCAUGUCAGGAGCUCUUUUUCCAGUCUGCCAAUGGAAGUGAGAGGAGACCUGGCUUGCUGGCGGAGAGCCCUGGGCAGUGCAGAGGUUCACAGCCCUUCUCAGAGGAAGAGCCUGUGCGUCUGACGGAGGCCAGUUUCUGUGAAGAGCAAGUGGCUGUGGAAAGGUGGAACUUACUGCUUCCUUCCAGAGCAAUUCUGGAAGUAAAGAAAAUAAAUACAAAAAUUCAGGCUGAUUAGCUUAAUUCUGUGCCAUUUCUUUGUCAGAAGAGUAAACUCUAUUAUGGAAUACAACUUAUUGAAAAACUUUUAGCUAUAAAGUAUAUAAAUGAUUUUAAAUUGCUAAGGUUUCCUUAGGCAGCUUAUUUAUUUGUUUACAGAGGUACUAUCUGAGUGAGUGGCCCUGUGGAGACCUGGGCAGUUACCGACUGUUCCACCUGUAUUACCUUGUACCAAAGUCCUUAAUGAGAAAUAUCCCCCACAAUCCUCCUCUCUAAAUGUCCAAUAAAUAAAGACUUAUUUUCACUA